ACAUGUAUAAGAAGCUGACCAGAGACAAGUCUCUCCCUCUAGAACUGUAUGAUUUUUUUGACUUUGUUGUCCUUGUCUACCCUAACAUUUCAUUUAUUUUAUUUGAAAUAUUUUGCUUCCUUGACUACCCAACAAGCCUUAGCCUAAGCUCCUUCUCGCCUUCUCUCUUUCACUUUCUCUGUUCGAAGUUUGAUUAUUUUUUUUGGUGGUUUCGGAGUCUCUCUUCACCUUGGUUUCUGCGAUGGCUGGUCGGUACGAUCCUAACCCUUUUGAUGAAGAAGAAGUUAACCCUUUCUCUGACCCAGCUGUGAGAUCGAAAGCAUCAGGGCAAUCGAAGUAUGGUGGGCGUGCAUUUAACACAGCAAGUGCUCCUCCUGCAUCAAACUCGAGGCUUUCACCACUUCCUCCUGAACCUGCUGACUUUUACAAUUACGGCAAUACAGUUGACAUUCCUAUUGAUGCACCUGCGGACUUAAGGAAGAAAGAGAAGGAACUUCAAGCUAAGGAGGCUGAACUGAGAAGGCGGGAGCAGGAGGUGAAGAGGAGAGAAGAUGCAGCUGCUAGAGCUGGAAUUGUCCUGGAAGAGAAAAAUUGGCCACCAUUUUUCCCAAUUAUCCAUCAUGAUAUUGCAAAUGAAAUACCAGUUCAUCUACAGAAAAUUCAAUAUGUUGCGUUUACAACAUUUCUAGGAAUGGCUUUUUGUCUUUUCUGGAAUGUCAUAUCUGUUACAACAUUAUGGAUUAAAGGAGGAGGGGUAAACAUCUGGUUUCUUUCUGUUAUCUACUUCAUAGCAGGAGUUCCUGGAGCUUAUGUUCUGUGGUAUCGUCCACUCUAUCGUGCAUUUAGGACUGAGAGUGCUAUGAGGUUCGGAUGGUUUUUCUUGUUUUAUGCGCUUCACAUUGGCUUCUGCAUCUUUGCUGCUGUUGCUCCACCUAUAGUUUUCAAGGGAAAGUCUCUCACUGGUAUCCUGGCUGCAGUCGAUGUUGUCGGUGGAAAUGCUUUAGCUGGGAUUUUCUACUUCAUCGGAUUCGGUUGUUUCUGUCUUGAAUCACUGCUGAGCAUCUGGGUUAUUCAGCAAGUAGGCAUGUACUUCCGUGGAAGUGGUAAAGCUGCCGAGAUGAAGCGGGAAGCUGCAAGAGGAGCAUUGAGGGCAGCAAUUUGAUUCCAUGGCUCUAGGAAGAAAGCAUCAUGGCGGACCUUGUGUGGAUUUAGGUUGUAAAUUCCAUUAGCUGCAUGAAAUUGGGAUACCACGUAAAUUUGGGAGAAACACAGCUCUGCUUGAGCCUGGCUUAGUUGGACCAGUUCUUUUUAUGUUACAUUUACUUCUGGGUGCUAUAUCCUUGUAAAUGUUUUGCUGAGAUUACAGUUAAUUAUUUUUUUGUAGAA